CCGGAGCCGCCGCCGGAGCCAUGAUCGGGGAUCUGCUGCUCUGCGGGACGCUGCUGGUGAACGCCGGUGCCGUGCUCAACUUCAGGCUGAGGAGGAGGGACACGGAGGGAUUCGGAGAGGAGCCGAGGGAACCCACGACCGGUGACAAUAUCAGAGAGUUUUUGCUGAGUCUCAGGUAUUUUCGUAUCUUCAUUGCCUUGUGGAAUAUCUUCAUGAUGUUCUGCAUGAUUGUGUUAUUUGGAUCUUGAAAGCCACCCAUGGACAUGUUGGAAGAGACUUUUGGCGGGGAACAAACUUUUCUAGAAAUAAAAAUUCUGAUGCUCUCCAGCUGCAGGCCCAGGCCUGUGGGGAGCCUGGGACAUGCUCACCCCCCUCCAGGUUCUUUCUCUGCCAGGGCUUGGAGCUACAACCUUCACACAAAUUAUCUCAGCUUCACUGAAAGAGAAUUCUAACUUGGUUUUCUAAGCUCAGAGUGGGGAGCAGGGGAGAAUUGGAGCCAGUUUUAAACCUCUGCCUUGGCAGUCCCAACUGGGGCUGUGCCAGGUCGUGUUACCCCUGUCCAAGGCACACUCCUUAGUUCUCAGUUUUGUGUAGAUGUUGAGCAUUGUUCUUGUAACUUCUCACUAUUCCAUUACUUUGUUGGAGGUGUAGAAAAGGAAUAUUCAAGGAAAAAAAAAAAAAGCUCCUUGUUUUUCCAGAAAAAUGUUUUUUUAAAUUAAUACUUCAAAGUUUUUUUUUUUUCUAAGCAAUAUGUAAGGGAUUUUGAAUGGGAAAAAAAUGGCAAAAAUAAUUCUCUAAGCCAAUGUUAAGAGAUAAUUUUGGAAUAAUCUUGGAUUUGGUUGAAUAAAAUUAUUCUGUUUAAGGGUAAAAUAUA